ACACAGACAUUCGAGGUUGAAACGAUUAAAACGAUAAGAAUAACUGUUACGUAUAAUAGUGAACAGUUUUUUUUUUCAAGAGCCAACUUUAUAAAGAGAGAUAGAAGAAAAAUUCUGGCUUUUCAUUGAUUUAAAGAAAAACAACCUUAUUCCUUUCUCUUAUUUUUUCGUGGCAUAGUAAAUAGUAUAUUUACAGUUGUAAAUUCAAAUUUAAAACUUCAUUCGUUUACUGCAACGACAGAGGGAAUACUUGUGAAGAAGAUAAAGGUAAACUAUGCGAAUGUUCUCUUUGUAUAUUAUAACAGGUGGAGAAUUUUGAAUGAUGAAAUAAUUAAAUAUUCAUAGAUGUAGAAAAAAGAACAACGUAAAGGUUUUAUUUAAUAUAAAGCUUAUUAACAAUAGAAUGUUCUUAUUUUAUUCUUUAUAAAUUUGGAUUUCUUCUUAAAAUGAAAGUUAAAAGUUUCAAUUUUCAAUUGUUUAAAGAUAAACUUUUGCGUUACGUCAUUAUUCUUAUCGAGAAAAUACGCAAGUAGGAAAGUAUAAUUGAUUGCUUUAAGAAUUAUUUGUUUAACUUUAGGCCAUAAUUUGUAUUAAUAAAUAGUUUAUCUAGGGUAUACGCAUAAAAAACUGAAGUUAUAUAACGUAUGAAUAUAUAUAUAUAUAUAUAUAUAUAUACAUUUGCAUAGAUGUAUAUAAACAAGUAUAGUUUAUAUAAAACCUUACAUUGAAACUGUUAUCGUAUACCAACUUGUUAUGCUCUAAUUUCUAAGCCAAGUUGAAGAUUUCUCUCUGUUAAUUGAAUAGCGAUAUUAAAAUCGAAUUAUUGAGCUUUCUAGGAGUGAGAACUGUUUUUGUUUUCUUUAUAUGAGAAGGGAUAAUAACUACAAAUAGAUAUUAGCAUAGAAACAAGAGAUUUUUACUGAGAGAUGGGCGAUUCAUCCGACAACAUCCUGCACUUCCGUUCUGGCGCCAAAAUGGCGGCGUCUAGUCAUAAAAAUAGUAGAAAUUUCUUAAAUGAUUACGAAAACACUGCAAAACCGUUUAUUAUUGGAGUUUGUGGCGGUACAGCAUCUGGUAAGACUACCGUAUGCGAUAAAAUCAUGGAGAAACUAGGAGAAAAGGUUAAAUCUAAAGUAGAAGUAAUUGCAAUGGAAAGUUUUUAUAAGGAUCUUGAUCCAGAGGAUAUUGAAGCAGCAAACAACGGACAAUAUAAUUUUGAUCAUCCCGAUGCUUUCGAUAUUGAAUUACUAGAAAAGACUUUUGACCAAAUAAUAGACAGAAAGACUGUCUGGGUACCGGCCUACGAUAAAAAGUCGAAUGAGAGGCUAUCUAAGGAUAAGUGGCAGAAAGUUCCGCCAGCUGAUGUUAUUAUUUUUGAAGGAAUCCUCGCGUUUUACUUUCAAAAGAUUAGAGACUCGUUUCAUAUGAAAUUAUUUGUUGAUAGUGACGCAGAUACAAGACUAUCUCGAAGAGUGCUAAACGAUACGGAGAAGAACGGAAGAGGUUUAGAAAAUGUCUUAAAUCAAUAUACACAAUUCGUUAAACCUGCUUUUGAAGAAUUUUGCCUACCCACAAAACAACACUCUGAUGUUAUAAUACCUAGAGGAUCGGAUAAUACGGUUGCUGUUGAUCUGAUAGUACAACAUAUUGAAGAAUUAAUGAAACCCCGAGUAGAAAGUUUACGAGAUAGACACAACUCGGAUUCAAUAACGGUCCGACCACACUGAAACUGAUGAAGCUCUCUUUAUAAUUUUCGUUUUCCGAACGAAUUAUAAAAUUUUUAUGUUAUGGACUUAUCACAAACGAAUGGAAUUAAUAGAAUAAGAACAAAAAAAUAUUAAAGCAUAUAUUGAAUCACAAAUAUUGAUAGAUUAACUUCCCUCUAAUCUAUUACGCUUAGAAGUCUUGAAUUGCAUGCUACUGUUCUACAAAUUCUAACUCUUUUUCCCUUGAAUUCUUACUAAUACUGCAAAAUUUUUCCGCUUAGUUUUCGAAACAAAUAGCAGCUUGAAUUGUUUGAAAAAAUAUAAUAGUAUUAAAUGUAUAUAUAUAUAUAUAUAUAUACUGUAUAUAUAACAUAUAUCAAAGGACUAUAUUAAUCAGUAUCCAAGACAUGUAAUAUAUAAACUUUAUACAGGUAAUUGCAAUCUUUUCUCUUUAAUUCAAUUGAAUCCAAGUUAAGAUUUGAAAUAUUAUUUAUUUUUAUUGUCAUAGAAAAUAAAGAAGAGACAGUGUUUUAGGGUUUCCAUGUGAUAACUUUAACCGCUAUUGUCGCGGCUUUAACAACGUUGGGUACAGGGUCACUCAUUAAGUCUCUGACCCUUUCUACUUCUUUUAAUAAAGCUGUCCUUCCUUCUGGUGCUUCGGCCAAACAAGUUAGAGCCUUUAGAGCGUUUGCUCUAACUUCACUGCAUUCAUCUUCCAAUAGAUUUAAAAGUGAUUCUAUUGCGUUAAAUUCUAAAGCAGUAUAUUUGCCUUUUGUGGUGAUUGUAAUUAUCAUUAAUGCUGCAGCGGCCAUUGCUCUGACUUCGGUGUUCUCAUCGGAUAAUAAUUGAACCAGGGUUUGGGGAGCUUUAACUUCUACUGCCUUAUUCUUACCAGCCAACGUAACGCUAAGAUCCAUCAUAUCUCUUGCAGCUUUAUGUCUUAUUAAAGGUAAUUCGUGGGAAAGUAAUUUGUUCAAAAUUUCCAUACCUUCAUUCGCUAAUACUUGUUCUGUUUGUACAAGCAUACAAAAAUGCAGGGUAUCCAAUACUAUAGAUUUUAUAUUAUCGGUUGUUGUCGUUAGAGUUUUGACCAGAGUGGGAACUAGGCCAGCAUCGACAAUUCCUUCAGCUCCUUGAGGCGUUUCCGAUAGCAUUUCAAUAGCUUUAUGAGCAUUUACUUUAGUAGCCAUAUCUUUGUCUUCGAAUGCUCUCGCCAAGCUCAAUACAAGUUCGCAACCCAAAAUUGCAUCCCUACCGAUAGCGUGGCUUGACAAUAUAUAUAGGCAUUCAGUAGUCUUUGCUCUAAUCAUAUCAUCACCAUCGUACAACAAACGCUUAAGGCUUUCUGGUAUACCUUCUCUUAGGGCAGAUGCUAUAUGUUCGGGAUCGUGUAAAUAAUCGCAAAGAGCGUUCAAACUACGCUGUCUAGUUAGUAGUUCUUUUGCUUGUAGUUCUCUAUUCAUUCGAGGAAGGGCUCUAUCCCCGUAAGCUUGCGUAGAACGCGUAGGAUCAACGAGAGGAGGCAUUUUUGCUGAAAUUAUUGUCGAUGCCAUGUUGUUUAUUUGUUAGUAAGCCUCCGUCGCUAAGCGCCCAGAUCAAAUUAACAGGAUCGCAUUGAAUUUAAAAUGAACAUUU